AUGGAGCCACUUUACAAGUUGGACGACCUGGCGGAACUUCGCCGACUGCAAUGGCAAGCAAGACUUAGUCUACAGCUUGGCCCAGACCCCCACCCUCUUACGUCUCCAAUGUUUCUCCGAGACUUUCUGGCAUCAAAAUUGCCCGUACUUGACGUACACAGUGAUUGCGCCAGCCAUGAGUUGCUGGAAGUUGGCAGUCAAUCGUAUUACACCGAACACCAGAACUUUCUCUCAUUGACUUGUAACCGUUGUCGGUAUCACUUCCACAUCACAAACGAUUCUCAGCACGUUGAGAGUUGGGGCACGGAGCAUCGUCACCACAUGCUCGUUUCCUGCGGCGAAAGGUCCACGUAUAGGGCUGGAGCCAAAGCUGGAAAGAGCCCUUAUGAUGACACCACUAGUCAUGCCAGAUUUAUCUGUGUGGCCGGCGACUGCUUAUUCAAUAUCAAGAUCGACGUUGUGCCCUGGAGACUUUCUCCGGUAGAUGUGGCAAAGCUUUCUGAUAAGAACAGGGUUGAGAAGAACCUGAGGCUUGCACUGGCCGAAGAUGAGAUUCGAUAUUCAGGACUAAAAAGCGCGACAAAUCUUGGGUCCGAAGGCAUUCUUCGGACUUACCUCACCGAUGCUCUUAAGAAGAACCUUGAUGCCCCAUUGAUGGUCAACAAGCGUAACAAGCGGUUUUUCGUGAGUAUGCGGAGCGACUUCGACGCCUUGCUGAGAUUCCUAGGCUUCUACGAAGGCAUCGACCCUUCAACCGGCGAGGAGUGUUGGUACAUUCCUCCACCGGAACAGGAAAAAGAACCAACCCGAGUUCGAACUCUACGAGCUCGUAUGGAAGAUGCUGUGAUGGAGCUUGAAAUUUUGUUUGCUGGUGGAAAUACAGUUAAUGCCUGGGAAAAACUUUUGGCAACAUUUCAAGCUGAUUAUCCCACAGCCAGUACACCUAACCUCGCUUUCAUUUCCACAGUUUCGGACGAUGAUUUGAACCUUCUGGGUUGUUUAGCACACUAUCCCCCUGAGUUCUUCAGCUGGGCCGCGAUUCUCCUUUCCAAGCGUCGUCCGAGAGAUCGUAACGAGUAUCUGGAUGCCGGUCUGCGUUGCAUUGCAAAUCACAGCGAGGAUGCAUCUAUUGAAAUUAUCAUGUAUAGGUCUCGCUUUGAUAAUGCGACCCCUAUGGAAAUAAAGGUGGAAGAGGCUUAUGAAUUCUUCAAUGCUUCCCCUGAUAGUGGCAUGACGUCGGACUGGUUCUUGGCCAGAUACUACGAAAUGGCUAAGUCAUAUGCGCCCGAUGAGUUCAAGGCCCAAGCUCUGCAGCAACUCGAAGCGAUUGGCAAUCACCUCGGACGGGAUAUCGUGAGCGAACUUGAUCCAAAGAUUUUGGGGCAUGCAGAAAUACCAGGACUCGCCUUAUCUGGUUCAAGCGGAACGAUGUCUCUUUCUGCAGCGGCAAAUUUCUUAGAGGUUGAACCGAGCUACACCGCAGAGAUAAUCCGCGACUUUGUCGAGCGGCUGAUUCGUAAGGAUAAUAUCGACCGAGGCAGAGUUAUCGAGGCUCUCAACGUUCUAUCCGAUCACAAGCGAAAGUUAGAGAACCCGGAAGAGGCGAACGAAUUGCAGAAGAUUGCCGAAUUUGUGAAGGAGACCGACUUUAUGCCAAUGCUCAUCCCUCAACCGCACUCGGCACCGAUAUUGUUGACCCUCCCUGUUACGCCACCUGGGCUUAAGAAUAUCGGUAACACGUGCUACCUAAACAGUCUUCUUCAAUACUUCUACAACGUCAAAGUAGUUCGUGAUAUAGUGCUCAACUUUGACGAUGUCAAACUUGAGCUUGACGAGGAGACUGUUGCACGACGUCGAACUGGAGGCAAUGGCACUAGUGUUAAUCUAGAAGAAGCUAUUGUUGCCAGACAAUUUGUCGAGAUGCUCCAGGGUUUGUUCGCUGAUCUACAGACAACUGCACAAAUCGCAGCUCAGCCAUCACAAAAACUUGCGAAUACAGCUCUCUCAUCGGCCAGAGAUAUUUUAGAUCGGCAGUCACAGAAUAUUCCGCCACCUUUACCAGCACGGCCAUCACCAGCACCGCCUGCUAUUCCCCAGGCAAAUAAUGACAACGGAGUGAGUGGGCAGGUGAAUGUAACUGUCGAGUCAGUUAAUGAUAAGCUGGAACUGGCUAGCUCACAAAGUUCCCAAACAUUAGUUGAUGAGAGCGAGGACGUAGUCAUGGCGAACACUGAGUCAAAAACGCCGAAUGAGGAUACUCCCGUUUCCCAGUCGAAUGAUGUCAAGAUGGAGGACGUGGCUGAGUCUUCAUCUCUUGAUGCCAAGUUCGCAGAAGUUUCACGACGAUUAGAACAUUCCGACCGUUCAGGAACAGCUCAGCAAGACGUUGGGGAGAUCAUCGGUAACAUCUUAGAACACUUCAUGCGUGCAAUACGUUCAGAUGGCCCGAUGGGAUUAUCCGAGCUAUCCGGUUUACAAGCCGACAAGAUUACAGAGACAUUUUUCACUACUAUUGUGAAUUACACCAUCAAGACUAAGAAGGGUCAGCCUACAAACGGCUCAGUCACUCCCAUUGAAGAGAAUCCUGUGAAUGUCGAGAUCGUACCAGAGCGCUGGAUCACCGCUUAUCCCGAGGAGGUGAGCGAGACCUCGGAGGGCACAAACAACAAUGCAGAUGGAGCGAGCAAUGCACGAUGCACACUAGUCGAGGCUUUAGAUCGAUAUUUCUCUUAUGAACCGAUCGAUGACGGAAACCGUGCACGCUACAGCAGCAUUCGAUCGCUUCCGCCUAUCUUGCAUAUCUGCAUUCAAAGAAGCACCCCAAAGGGUAAAAACAAGAAUCCCGUUAUUAUCCCAGAGGUCUUGUAUCUUGAUCGUUACAUGGAGGCUAAGGAUGGUUAUCCCGUCUGGAUUGCUCGUAAAAGGACAUGGGCGCUUAAGGAACGCCUGAAAGAACUUGGAACCAAGAUCCACCCGAGCAAUCAGAAGAGCAAAGCCAACCAGGGCCCUGAAGUGUGGGCUAACGCAGUGGACCCUGAAUUCAAGGAUUUUCAGAUGAUGGAUGCCCAAGAACUGCAAAAUACGACUGUGGCAGCAAUUGAGAAGUCGAAGCAAGAAUCUCAUCUGGAUAAGCCGUUCCUUGAUGAUAUUGGCCUGCAGGCUAAGGAUGAGCUAUCCAACACGCUGGACCCUAUCGAGUCGAUAUUAUCGAAGAUGUCUAAAGCUACGCUAGACUCGCCAGCUGACGAACCGCUCAGCGAUAAGUUAGGCGACAUUCUCUGGGAAACCGCCUCACCACUCGAUGUGGGAACUCUGGAGGAAGUUCUCGAGUUGCGUCAAAAGGAAGAGACUACUUUUGACUCUAUGAAGAGCGAGAAGUAUGCAAUCCAUGCUGUGAUUUGCCACCGUGGUGGCACGGCGGCGGGUCACUAUUGGGUCUGGAUCCGAGACUUUAAACGCAAUGUCUGGUACCGCUACAACGACGAGACGGUUACAGAAGAUAGCCGCGGCACCGAGGCUGUUCUGGAUGACUUAAACCAGACUGGUGAUCCUUAUUAUGUCGCCUACGUUCGAGAUGAGAUGAAGGACGACCUAGUCGACGUGCCUCAGCGUCAAAAGCCCGAGGCCGCAGACCCCUCGACUACCACUCAUGAAACCCCUACAGUCCAGGAGGUAGAGACGAUCGAGGGAGUGAUGCCAGAACUCAUCUAA